AUGGCUUCACUUAAGAGACUAAAGUGCAAGUGCAAAUGGACGAUCGACCCGUUAGUGAAGGGAAAAACGAAAGAAGACCUUUUUAAAAUUAUCGAUGCAGCCAUUUUUUUGCCUUACCAAUUCCUGUCAUCGAUUGAGUUUCUUGAUAAUUUCGAGAAAAUUAUCUGCUACAACGAUGACUUCCAAACGGAUGCUGUUACCGUUCUAACCAAGCCAAAGUUUCUCGAUACAACUCUUCCCCAUGGAAAAUGUUCCGUGUAUUUAAUUGGCAGCAAUCACAUUUCGAUUAAAUCUCAAAAUGAUAUCGAACGUACUAUCAAAAGUGUAGACCCAAAUGUGAUUAUGCUCGAGCUGUGCAUCAAACGAACCGAUAUUUUAUCGGAUUAUAUUACGGAAGAACGAUUUAAACAACCACAAAAGCAAAAGGGAACGUUUGUCUCGACGAUUUAUUCAGCCAUCAAGAAUGCUCGAAAAACGGAUGGUCGAGACUUUUGGGCUGCAUACAGAGUUGCUAACAAAAAUUGCCCUAUCGUUUUGGGUGAUCGUAUAGGGGAUAUCAAUAGACAACGACUUGCCUCUGUUAUCACUUUUACUGAAGUGUUUCGAUAUGUGACUUUAUAUUUAAAAUGGAUUUAUAAUGGAGGACUAAAUCAGGAAAAGAUUGAUGACCGACUUUUGGAAAAGCUUCAACAAGAUUGUCCUCGAAUGUGGAAAGUUUGGGUGAAAGAACGAGACGUUUACAUGACAUUCGUGCUGCAAACGCUUGUCAAGGAGUUGAUUGGCAAAGAAAAAAACAAUCUCGACAAUAGAAGUGCCUGGAGAAUUGUGGCCGUCGUCGGGAUGGGACACGUGAAAGGAAUUUGUGAAAAUUGGAAUUCUACAGUAGUUCUUCCGCCUGAUCUCAUGGAAAUGCCUCCAUCAUCCAUUCAAGCUGAAAUUUUGAAAGUCUUGUCGUGGAUCGAGAUUCAAAAGAUGGGCAAGAAGGAGACGUGGAUUUUGUCGACCUCUUCGGUGUUUGAGAAUUUCCGUAACUUCUCAUCGUGGUUCGAGAUUGAAAGGACUCGAUUUGUCGGAGUUCUCUUUGGGAAUCAAUUGAGGAUAGAUGUGUGCCUAUUUCUCUCCGACAAUCACCUCAAGCAACACUUUUUCGAGUUUGUCACAAACUCACUAGCAUCAGAUCUAAUAUUUGCGGGGAUUGUUGUCGUGAAUGGACACGAGCCGGAUACCGAUAUUUCGUAUAUGGGGACCGGUUUAGAAAUUCGCACAACACUUGAAACCCUUCAAUCAUCUGAUUCGACUUUUUUCCUCAAAUCCUACCCAAAUAUCAUAGAUCAAUGGACUCAACCAUCCGGGGUGACGCUGGUGUCAAAUGUGAUGUUUGAAACGGUUUUACGACGUGGAUUAGAGGAAAAUGAUAUCAAAAUGGCAACUGAGAAAUUCGCGGCAGCCGCAGCUGAAUUGAUCUAUCAUCAUAAAGAAUCUGACAUUGUUCUCCAGGCGAAUACGAAACACCCGAAAUUUCUCGAUGAUAUUUUGAAAGAUAAACACACAGAUCAGGAUCGUCUCCGAUUAACGUCAUAUCGACGAGUGUCGGCUCAAGAUGAAGGCAAUGGGGAUGAUCAGAAACAUGUACCCAUUUUGAAGGUACAAGCUGGCGAUAUCGCGUUUCGACGCUUGAGAAUGCCUCUUUGGAUAACGGCCGCCGCCUAUGGAGGAGAUGGGUCCAAUGAGAUCUAUCUCCGCAUCGAGGAGGCCAUUCGCCGACGAAUCUACAAUGUUAUGUAUGUCAUGAUGAAAGGUUUCCGAAAAACGUACGAUAUCAGUGAGGUGGACUGUCGAUGCUUUUUGCCCGCAAAUCAUUCGCGCAUCUUGUCGAUUGUGAUGCCGAGAUUGGCUGACAAAGAGCAACAAGAAUGGCGCAUUGAGAUGCACAAGAUCUUCAACUUACCCUCACGAGUUCCAUGUCUUCGCUCACUUCAAGCCAUCGAUUUCAGUGCUCGGGCACAUUUCUUGAGAACACCUCAUUUAUCAAUCAAAAACUACAAAAAAACGGGAAGAAUCACGACGGUGAAAGGAAUGUAUGAUUACUAUCACUACACACAACAAGGAAUCGAUGACAAUGGAUGGGGUUGUGCCUAUAGAAGUCUUCAAACAAUCUGGAGUUGGUAUGUGCUGAAUGGCUUCUUCGAUAGACCGAUCCCGUUGCAUCGAGAGAUACAAGAGGCUCUUGUUCGAAUUGAAGGCGAGGAAUUGCGAGGGAAAAAAUUCAUCGGAAGCAAGCAAUGGAUUGGAUCAUUUGAGAUCGGAUAUAUUCUAUCAGAUGCUAUUUCUGUUGAUUGCUCAUACAUUGCUCAAUUCACGGAUAUCUCUGAGAAAGCUCGCGAGUUGCAGAUUCAUUUCGAGUCAGUUGGAUCGCCAGUCAUGAUUGGUGGUAACAUGUUAGCGCACACGAUUUUGGGCGUUGAUUUCGACGAGAAUACAGGCGAGUGUCGAUUCCUCGUGCUUGAUCCACAUUAUACUGGGAUCGACGAUGUGAAUACGGUGAUCAAUAAAGGUUGGUGUGCUUGGAAGAUGCCAUCCUUUUGGAAGACAGGAAUCGAUCAAGGCGGGCAACCAAUUCUAUACAAUAUUGUUAAACCUCAAUUGCCGACUAAUAUUAUC